AAUCUGCAUUACACGAGCUGAACGUGAAUCUGUUAUAAGUUUGAUUUAUAAUAGUUUAUAUCAACAGGUGUUCUUACCUCUUCAAAGGUUGAAAAUGGCUAAAGUUUUCUUUGGAAAAAUUAUACAUACGAAAUCUCUUAAUGAAUUUGAGGUUUUUCCGAGCGGAUUUGUUGCAGUGGACCAGCAAGGCCAAAUCGCUGGUAUAGGAAACGAGAGCGACUACUGCGAGUGGCUUGCCAAAAACGCCGGUUUUAAGGGUACAAGUGUGGAAAAUCUCACUUCAGACCAGUUUGUUAUGCCUGGUUUUGUGGACUGCCAUAUUCAUGCGCCUCAGGUAGCACAAAUCGGACUUGGGUUAGAUAUGCCCUUAUUGGACUGGCUGAAUACAUAUACGUUCCCGUUGGAGGCGAAAUAUGAUGAUCAAGAUUUUGCAGCGAAUGUGUACACUAAAGUUGUGGAAAACACAAUUAGAGCAGGUACCACUCUCGCGUCUUACUUUGGUAGCAAUAACAAAGAUAGUACUUUAAUAUUAUCCAAGCAGGCAAUGCGACAGGGCCAACGAGCAUUAGUUGGCAAAGUUUGCUCGAAUUGCAACAGCCCCGACUUUUAUGUUGAAACAACGGAAACAUCAGCAGCGAAUACAGAGGAAUUUGUCAAUGAGAUAAAAAAACUAAAGACAGAUUUGGUAAAGCCUAUAAUAACACCAAGAUUUGCAUUGAGCUGCACAAAGGAAUUAAUGGUAAAGCUGGGUGAAAUAGCACGCAAAAAUGAUUUGCAUAUUCAGAGCCACAUUAGCGAAAAUUUGGCGGAAAUUGAAUAUGUCAAAUCGAUCUACAAUUCAUGCUAUGCAGAGGCAUAUGAUAAUGCGGGUUUGUUGACACCGAAGACUGUUAUGGCGCAUGCUGUACAUCUAGAGGAUGCGGAAGUCGCGCUUUUUCGUGAGCGCGGUACUUCGGUUGCCCAUUGCCCGUCCUCUAAUACAAACUUAUCUUCAGGUUUCUGUGAUGUGAUGCGACUAAUAAAAAAUGGCGUUAAAGUUGGUUUAGGCACAGACGUAUCGGGUGGAAAUUCGAUGUCCAUAAAAGAUGCCAUAUUGCGUGCUUUGGAUGUUUCCCACCAUCUGGAAUUUGUGAAGAAGCAGGAGAUCAAAGGCAGUGGUCGCCUAAAUGCUCAAGAUAAUGAAUAUCGACCACUCAACUACAAACAAGCUAUAUUCUUGGCAACACUUGGUGGCGCUGAAGCACUGGCGUUGGGCGAUGUUACUGGAAAUUUCAUGGUGGGUAAAGAUUUCGAUGCAUUGAUUGUCGAUACGAGCAAAUAUCCGUUGUGGAACUAUGUUACUGUUGAUGCGGAAAAAUCUAGCGAAGCUCAACUGCUGGAAAUGGUGCAAAAAUUUAUUUAUGUUGGCGAUGAUCGUAAUAUUAUAAGUGUUUACGUCGCAGGCAAACAAAUAAAAAAA